AUGGAGCCUGGAAGAAGGGGGGAGGGUCUCAAUCCUGCAAGUGAUGCAAAGAGGUGCCAUUUCUUUGAGAGGGGUUUAUUAGAUCAGGAUGCCCUCUCUGACUCUCGGCUGAUUCUGCCUCUCUUCUCUUUCCCUUAUCUUCCCUCAACAGCAAAUGUCACGCUGGAUCCAGACACAGCCCAUGCCAGGCUCAUCCUGUCCGAGGAUGGGAAAAGCGUGAGAAGGAGAGACAAAAAGCCACGCCUGCCUAACAAUCCUGAGAGGUUCAGCAACGGGCCUUGUGUGUUGGGACGUGAGGGAUUCACAGCAGGCAGACAUUUCUGGGAAGUCACUGUGGGAAGUGAGGGAGAAUGGGUUGUGGGGAUCGCCAGGGAGUCUGUGAGGAGAAAGGACAACUUUGCCUUUUGUCCUGAGGGAGGGAUCUGGGCUGUGGAGAAGUGGGGAGGGAAGUACCUGGCCUGCACCUCCCCUGUUUCCCAUCUCUCCCUGAGUGAGGAGCCCAGGAGGAUCCGGGUAACUCUGGACUAUGAAGGGGAAUGUGUGUCUUUUUUUGACGCUGCCUCAGGAGCUGAACUCUACACAUUCUCAGGAGGCUCUUUUUCCGGAGAAACCCUCCUCCCUUUCUUUUAUCUGUGGGGAAAUAAAACCCACCUCAGGAUCUCCUGAAGAAACUAAAUCUGCCGCACAGGCCCAGUUGAAGUUGGGGGUGAUAGGAGUUGAAGUCCAGCAUCAUCGCAAGAGCCACAGACCUCUCUCCCCUCUCUAACCAAAGUGAGAUACCUGAACAAAGAAACGACCUUUCGUUCCCCACUGUAUGUAUGAAUGGAAAACCUAAUGAGAACUUAUUUAAUUGGUCCCCCUGCAAAAAAUACUCACACACCAGCAGCAUUUUAUUUAAUGAUAACAACAAAUUAUUGAGCGCUUGCCCUUAUCACUGAGGUACUUUUUUCAAAUUUCUCACAUCACCCCAAAGAAAAAGUCCACAUCUUCCUAGUGCAUAAUUUAGAAAUGAAGCCUUGAACCCAAGUAGCAACCCUGAAAUGAAAAAGCAGCUACAUUCGUGGGUGGGGGACACCAUGGCUUUUGUUGAGAUGCCUGCCCUGUUCAUGAUCUGAGCUCCAGCCUCCAAGGCUUUGCUAUUUCUUUAAAAAUAGAAAAAAAAUAAUCAUUGUGUUUUUCUCUCUUCCCUCAACACCCUGCUUCACGAACCUUUCUAGAAAGGAGAGCAUCCCUAGGAUGUAAUUCCUAGUGUGGGUUUUUUGUUUUUGGAUGCUUGCCGAAAGGAAUGCAGAAGAGGGAAAUCUAUUUUCAUAGGUUUGACCUUGGAAACUUUAGCCUAGGCACCUAGUGCACUUUACCACUUCAGACUGCAGCAAGGAAAAUCCAUUUUUUGAAACGUUCCUUUAUGUUAAAAAAGGCCCUGCACAUAGAAACCUAGUACAAUAGAGAGCAAGCUUGGUCAGAAUCAUUCUUCCUGAUGUGCUAGAUUUUUACUUGCAUGGAGGGUUCUCGUCUAAAAUAAAUUAAAACAAAGAAUCAAAAAGGACAUGCCCUACCUUCAAUUUGCCCAGGACGAGGGUAGCGCUGUGGUCUAAACCACUGAACCUCUUGGGCUUGCCAACUGUAAGGUUGGCAGUUUGAGUCUUUUCACUGAGGGCAUCCUUCCCAUCCAUGAUAACUUCAACCUGGACCAAUUUUUGAAAUCUUUCUUUCUUUUUCAGGAUAAUCUUUAUUGGUUUUUCUGUUACAUACUACA